AUGGGCUGCUGUGGCUGUGGAAGUUGUGGUGGCUGCGGAGGCUGCGGUGGUUGCGGUGGCUGCAGCAGUGGCUGCGGUGGCUGCGGUGGUGGCUGUGGCGGCUGCAACAGCUGCACCAGCUGCAGAUGCUACCGGGUGGGCUGCUGCUCCGGCUGCUGCCCCUGCUGCUGUGGCUGCUGUGGGGGCUGCUGCAGCACCCCCGUGGUCUGCUGCUACCGCCGCACCUGCAGCUGCAACGCGUGUGGCUGUGGCUGUGGCUGUGGGAAGGGCUGUUGCCAGCAGAAGAGCUGCUGCCAGCAGAAGCACUGCUGCAAGAAGCAGUGCUGCUGCUAG